AUCCACCGUAAGAAAGAGUGGGUGACAUCUUUAGGUUUUUCCAUAAUAUGCCUAGAGGCCUAGUAUCUAGAAAGUGGACAGCUAGGUCGAGCCUCUUUUGGUCAAAAUCCCCUCAGGGCAAAUAAGAGGUCUCUUUGAUUCCUUGCUGCACCCCUCUGUGAAGAGAUGUUUGCAUUUGUUUGGUUGAUGGUUUUGGCAUAUGCCCAGCUGGUGGGCACUGAAAACCUAAACACCACUGGCUAUCCUUCACGAGUUCGCAGCAUCUUCUUAUUGGCCGGACAAAGCAACAUGUCCGGCAGAGGCGGCGUAAUGAACGGCACCUGGGACGGCGUCGUGCCUCUUGAGUGCCAACCCAAACCGUCCAAGAUUCUCAGGCUUAGUGCUGGACUAAGCUGGAUGGAGGCUCAGGAGCCCCUGCACAGGGACAUAGAUGUGAAUGCAACAUGUGGGAUUGGACCAGGAAUGGUGUUCGCCAAUUCGUUGCUGAAUCUGAAUCCCAGAAUUGGGGUGAUUGGUUUGGUCCCUUGCGCCGUCGGAAGUAGGAUGGGUACCAAGAUUAGCGAGUGGGGCCGUGGCACCUACCUCUACAACCAGCUACUGAGGAGGGCCGCAGCCGCAGCCGCCCUGCAAGCUGGUGGUAGAUUUAGAAUCCGAGCACUUCUGUGGUAUCAAGGUGAAAGUGAUACUAACAAUCCACAGGAUGCAUCAUUGUACAAGAUGAGAUUGGAAAGAUUUUUCACAAAUCUGCGUGCUGAUCUCAAAUUACCAGAACUCCCGAUCAUUCAGGUCGCACUGGCAUCAGGACAAGGGCCUUACAUUGAUGCAGUAAGACAAGCUCAGUUUGGAGUUCACCUUCGAAAUGUGAAAAUUAUUGAUGCCAAAGGGUUGCCAAUGGAGCCGGAUAACUUGCACCUUAGUAGUCCGGCGCAGGUCCAGCUUGGUGACAUAUUCGCCCAUGCUUUUGCUGCUACUGGAUGAAUCAAAUAUGUUAAUUUUAGCUCGAAAACGAGGAGGUGCCAGGCAUCGUCUAUCAUGCUUUAGUCAGCUUUAUAAAACUGAGAAUGUUAUCCACAUCCUUUUUCCUUUUGUUGCAUUAAAGAUGUGCUUGGAAUUUUACUCCCGAUUUUCAUUCGAGCAUACCAGUUGAGUCCGCUAAGUGUUA